UUUACAAUCUAAACACACACAGCCUUUCAGUUCUCGCCCAGCAACCCCUUCCUUCCAUCUCACUGCAAUCCGUCUCCUCUGUCUAGAAUUUGCCUUCAUUAUCCCUUCCUCUCUCUCUCUCUCUCAACAACAAAGCACAACCCAGAUCACAGAAUCACAAUUCUCUGAACCCAUUGCAGCACAACACCAAGCUCUCUCUCUCUCGACAUGAGUUCAGAUCCAGACAACAAGCCCAUGCCAGUUCCAACUCAAGAAGAAGACCCACCAAACCCAACCACUGCUCUUCUCACCUUCAACACAGACCACCCUUCACCUCCUCCUUCAAAACCCACCACCACCACCGUCCUCUUCAUCUCUCUCCUCCUCGUCACCUGCAUCGCCUUCUCCGCCGCCAUCGCUUUCGCCUUCCUCUUCUUCUCCUCCUCCUCCUCCACACCCCAGUCUCACAACUCUUCUUUCACACCCCAGUCUCACGACUCUUGCCCCAAUCAAACCACCGAACCCAUCGCCGAACUCGCUCGUCCACUCACCAAACUCACUCACCCAGUCGUUCUCUUGGUCUCCUCAGAUGGGUUUCGAUUCGGGUACCAAUUCAAGACCCAAACCCCCAAUAUCGAUCGCUUGAUCGACAAUGGUACCGAAGCCGAAAGGGGUUUGAUUUCUGUGUUCCCAACUCUAACAUUCCCAAAUCAUUACUCAAUUGUCACUGGUUUGUACCCUGCUUUUCAUGGGAUCAUCAACAAUUAUUUCGUUGAUCCACACACUGGUGAGGGUUUCAAUAUGGGAAGUCAUGAACCCAAGUGGUGGUUGGGUGAACCCUUGUGGGAGACUGUGGUUAACCAUGGCUUGAAGGCUGCAACCUAUUUCUGGCCUGGUUCUGAGGUCAACAAAGGUUCCUGGACUUGCCCUAAGAAUUUCUGUAAGUUUUAUGAUGGUUCUGUGCCUUUCGAAGAGCGAGUCGAUACGGUUUUAAACUACUUUGAUUUGCCAAAUGAUGAAAUUCCUGUGUUUAUGACAUUGUAUUUUGAGGACCCGGAUCAUCAGGGCCAUCAGGUUGGUCCUGAUGAUCCUCAAAUCACUGAUGCAGUUGCUAGAAUUGAUGACAUGAUUGGGAGGUUGAUUCAGGGUUUAGAGAAAAGAGGGGUUUUUGAGGAUGUGACUAUAAUUAUGGUGGGUGAUCAUGGAAUGGUUGGUACAUGUGAUAAAAAAUUGAUCUUUCUUGAUGAUUUAGCACCAUGGAUUCAAAUUCCGAAGGAUUGGGUUCAAUCCUAUACUCCAUUGCUCGCAAUCCGCCCACCAUCAGGCGUCUCUCCAUCGGAUGUUGUGGCAAAGAUGAAUGAAGGAUUGGAUUCUGGGAAAGUUGAGAAUGGAAAGCAAUUGAAAGUUUACCUCAAAGAGGAUCUGCCUAGUCGGCUGCAUUACUCGGCAAGUGAUAGAAUUCCACCGAUAAUAGGGUUGAUUGAAGAGAGUUUUAAGGUGGAACAGAAGGGAUCUAAGAGGGCAGAAUGUGGAGGAGCACAUGGGUAUGACAAUGCAUUCUUCUCAAUGAGGACUAUCUUUAUGGGCCAUGGUCCUCGGUUUGCUAGGGGGCGAAAAGUCCCAUCUUUUGAGAAUGUACAGAUAUACAAUUUGAUCACUUCUAUUCUCAAUAUACAAGGAGCUCCUAAUAAUGGAUCUGCAUUGUUUCCCAACUCUAUUCUCUUACCUAGUCACUGAUGUCCGUGGAGCUAGCACUCCCAGGCCUCCCAGUACAACAUGUUACAAAAUAGUUCAUCGAUUUCCAGAGAUGGGUCCAAAAGUUCAAUCUGUUAUGAAGCUGUAACCAUCCUGCUGUAUGAUGCAUUAGCUGAAAUAUAUCAUGAUGGAAGCAAGCUUUACAAAAGCACUUUUGCAGAUCAACAGAUUACCGUUGAUAAUAAAAGUAAACGAAGUAUUGAAUCACAGUAGCUCCUCUCUGUCUCUGUCCUUGGUUUAUGAAGAUGGUUGGUUGUUGGUAAAAUGAGGCUGCUACCUUAUUUAUCUCCACGUACAUUCAAUGAAAUGAGGUAUUUCUGAAUAUUUUGACUUUGAGGGUUCACAACAAUUAUGAUUGUUAGGAUCUUCCAAAUAUAGAACAUGGAGCUGACUAUGGAUGUUGCUUCAGUAGUUAUUCUCUGUCCUUGUAAUGUGAUCAUACUCGCACCUUUUUUCCCUUCUGAAGUCCUACAGAUUUUGUGUGAA